AAUUCAUGAUCAAAAUGGUCAUCGUGGAAUUUUAUUAUUCACAUUUCAAAUAGAAAUAAUCUGACAUCCAAAUUAAUGAGCCAUGUUAUACCUUUCUAUAUUAAUGUUUGAUCUACUACUAGCCUGCCUCUACAGUUGGGACCAAAUAAUAUAAAUCAUCCUCAGAGCCAAGAUGAAGGAAUAAUUGGGAGGAAGAUGGAUUACCAACUUGUGAAAAAGCCCAGAAUUCUCUGCCUUCAUGGUUUUAGAUCGAGCAGUGCAAUCCUGAAAAAAGAGCUAGAAAUAUGGCCAGAAUUUGUGCUUAAUAUGAUGGAUUUGGUCUUUUUAGAUGCACCUUUUCCCGCAGAAGGAGAGCCCAGUGGUGAGGGGAAGUUUCCUCCUUAUUAUGAAUGGUUCGAGUCCAAUGAGGAUCAUUCUGAGUACAGGAAUUUUGAUGAAUGUGUUGCAUACAUUGAAGAUUGUAUGGUCAGGCUUGGACCAUUUGAUGGGUUGCUAGGCUUAUCUCAGGGAGCAUUACUAGCGGCUGCACUACCGGGGAUGCAGAAACAUGUAGUGGCUCUAACCAGAAUUCCUAAAAUAAAAUUUGUCAUCAUAGUAUCAGGGGGUCAACUUGGAGGUAAAGAGUUUUCUGCCCCAAAGGUCACUGAAAAUGCCUUUUCCUCUACUAUUGAAUGCCCAUCACUCCACUUCAUAGGUGAAAAGGACUUUGCAAAGCAAAAUGGGAUUGAACUCUUGAAAUCAUAUUUGGACCCUUUUGUGAUAUAUCACCAUGAGGGACAUGGGGUCCCUAAAUUAGAUGAGAAAGGACUGGAGAUCAUGUUGAGUUUCAUUCAGAAGAUCAAAAGGCUACUGUAGUCUGGAGAGAGAAGAAGAAGGCGAAUACAUUAUCUAAUAAGAAACGUGUUGCUGUUAUGAUAUUUGAGAAUAAUCUCUCUUGAAUAAAUCAUGUAUGUGUGACAUGUUAGAAAUUAUGCAUUGUGUGGCUAGAUCAUGUACACAUGACAUGUUAACAAAUUAUGCAAUAUGUGACCCUAUGAAGUACGGAUACUUCUACAAAGGAGUCGUACCCGUGUCAUAUCCGUGUUGGAUACCUAUACUCAUUGGACACGUGUCUGACACAACUAUCCGUAAAUAAAAAUAAAUUUUUAUUAUUUUGGACA